UUUCAGUUCGCUGACGGAGCACGGAGCAGGGAGCAAAUAAAUUUAUUAACGAGCACAGCUUAUGGCCAAAUGAUGAAACCCGAAACAGUGCAGGAAUAACAGCGUUUACUAGCAAAUUGCAAUAAGGAGAAAGCGGAGGACCGUGAGGGAGCGAGCCACAAUAAAUACCCUGCCAGCCGUUCGUGAUGAAAUUAUUUAUGAAAAAUAAAUGGAAUAUUCCUCUUCUGCUGCUGUGGCUGCUGCAGGGAGGGGUAUCGGUAUCUGCCUCCUCCGACCCCGACACAACCACGACUGCAACAUGCAGACAUGCCACGGACAUGUGGGGAGAUCCGGACCCCAACAUAUUCUACGUGUGCUCCGAUGCUGGCCAACCGCUGCAGCUCCGAUGUCCGGCGGGCCGGGGAUUUUUCAGCGGUCUCGGCCACGUCGGCUGCCUGCCCUUUGCCCAAUGGCCGGCCUGCCUGCCUGCCCCGGAGGAGCAGGUUGUUGUCGGUUCGUCCUCAGAUGGCUGUGACAGCGGCGAACACCUGCUGUCGCCCUGGGCCUCCCCGGAUCCCAAUCAGUUCUACCUCUGCCCGGGUCCAUCGGCCACACCUCUGCUACUCACGUGCGCCGCUGGCAAAGGAUUCCUGGCCACCGAGGAGGCGGUGGGCUGUGCGGAUUGGUCGCUGUGGCGUCGCCAGAUGGAUUGCGAGGCAUACUACUGAUUGCCAGUGAAAAGCGUCAUUCCGUGUAUGAUAAAAAGAGCCAAUAAUCAGCGUUAUUGGAUGCCGCAUCUGGUGUGUCUACCCCAGUCUCGUCUCGAAUCUUAUUUAAUUUAUGAGGUAAACCUGCUGCGCCAUCUCAUU